AUGUCGAAUAACACGUUUCAGCUAUUUGUAAAAGGACUUCAGGGUAAAACAUCUGUGAUUGCCAUUCAUAAGGAUGCAAAAGUGGACGACCUUUUGAGAAAGAUUAGUGAACUGAAUAGUAUUCCAGUUGAAGUACAGCGAGUUUUGUAUGCCGGUAAACAGCUCGAGUACGGAAAGGGCAAACGACUGACUGACUAUAACAUUGAAAACAACUCUAACUUGUUCGUCGUUUUGCGUCUAAAGGGCGGGUCUGAGGAUGAACCAAAGGAGCUUGAUGAUAGUGUAGAGCUGACAGAUGCGCCCGAUAUGAUUACAUGGGAUAAUGAUCCCGACAACAAGAGAGCGAAGAUGCCUUGUGGCCAUGCCAUCGGGCCCGAGUCGCUAACAGCCUAUUGUAGAAGCUUACUAACUGCUGGUAAAUUUAUAUUUCGCUGCCUAUACAUAAGUCCUGAUAGCGUGUACUGUGGUAAAGAGUGGGCAUAUGUAGACAUCCGGCGACUAGCAGUGCUUACACCCAGCGAAAAAGAAGAGUUCGAGACCAAGAUAUCCAGCAAUUACCUUCGAAGAGCUCAGGGCAUUCAAGAAUGUUCAAAGUGCAAAUCCCUAUGCGAGAGAGAAGAUGUGAAGAAUCGACGCGUGGUGUGCGUUUUAUGUGGUGCAAAGGGAAUCAAGUUUGAAUUCUGUUGGUAUUGCUUGCAUGAAUGGAAGGAUGUCUCCAGUCUCGUUGUCUGUGGCAACAGCAGCUGCAGUGGUGAAGACCCACGUUUAAAGAUUCUUCGCGAAUGCCCCAAGAAAUGCAUUGUUGGCGUAACACAAUGUCCAUCUCGUCGUGCCUGCCCAAGCUGUGGAAUGUUGAUUGAGCACGAGACGGCAUGUAAGCAUAUGGUGUGCCCAUGUGGCCAGAAGUUCUGCUUCAUCUGUUUGACGAAACCUAAUUCAAGUGGUAGUUAUCAGUGUGGUACCUACAAUAGUAAAUGCAGUGUUGCUGAAAUCCAAACCAAAGUUCCCGGCAUGCAGUAG